AUGGCGGACAUUCUUGAGAGGCAAAGAACGAUCCAGAGGAUGAUCGAACGUACCCUCGAGAACUUCAAAAAAAUUGGAAAGGGCAAUCUGACCACGGCAAAGAUUCGUUCCCGCAUCCUGCUUCUCAAGGACAACUGGAGCCAAUUCGUGACUGGGCAUGCUGCUUUGAAGGAAGCGAUUCCCAAGGUCAAACGAGAAGAGUUCCCGUACUUCAGCGAGGACCAUUUCGAAAGAGCCCAGGAUGCCUACCUCACCGCUCUGGACUACAUGGCGGAUUGCUUAGAGGAGCUCGAGCCGACUGUGAGUCCGAACCAUUCAAGUACCUUCUACGUCGACCGACGUCAGGAUGCGCCCGCGGAUGCGCCCGCGACCGCGUCCGCGUUCUCGUUGCAGCAUCUCCCUCCCAUUCAAUUACCGCCGUUCGAUGGUAAACCCGACGAAUGGGCACAGUUCCGCGAUCGGUUUACUACGCUAAUUCGCGACAAUAAAGACUUGAAUGAUUUCGCUCGCAUGCAUUUCCUCUCCUCGUGUUUAAAAGGCCGCGCCGCAGAAUGUAUUACGCAUCUUCCUAUUACCGCGGAGAAUUUUGAACUCGCGUGGGCCGCGUUAACCUCGCGCUACGAGAACAAGCGGCGCACACUUAAUAUUCAUCUCUCCGCUCUGCUCGGUCUUCCUAGCGUACCACGUGAAUCGGCUUCCGAGUUACAAUCUUUACAUGAUAAGGUUGCGGCCGCUCUAAAAUCCUUCUCGAAUUUGGAUCGCAAUACCGACAACCUCUGGAACGAUAUGCUCGUAUACCUUGUCACGCAGAAACUCGAUCCGAUCACGCGGAAGGCUUGGAAUUUACAGGAAAGCGGUCGCGACGAUCCGCCUACGUACGACGAUCUUAAACGCUUUCUCGAACAUCGCAUUCGCGGAUUGGAAAACAACGCAAUCGGCGCCCCCGUGAAGCCCGGUGCAAAAACCGCUCCAUCCGAUCGCGUUCACGCUGCUACCGCGUCAGCGAACGUGCCGCCAAAGUGCCCGCUAUGCGACACGCCCCAUUAUCUAAAUUCCUGCGUUAAGUUCAGGGAAAAGAAUCCGAAUCAACGUCGAGAAAUGGUGAAGCAGCAAAAACGUUGUUUCAAUUGCUUGAGCGAAAAGCAUACAGUUAUGUCGUGCAAAAGUAAAUUCUCAUGUCGAGUUUGCAAGAAACGGCAUCAUUCGCUUCUCCAUCUCGAUUCGGAUUCUUCUUCCAUCGCUCUCGAAGCGGCGUCACCUAGUUGCUCGUCGUCCGUCGCUUCAGCUGAAAAAACCGAGGUGAAUUCUCUUACCGCUUCGACCGCGCCGCGACGUCGAACGCAUGUACUCCUCGCGACCGCGUGGGUAACGGUGCGGACGCCGUCGGGCCGCACCGCCGUCGUGCGAGCCCUGCUCGACCAAGGCUCCGAAAUGACCUUUAUUUCCGAGUCAUUGGCGCAACUCCUGCGAGCAAAACGCCGUCGCAUGCCCAUCUCCGUCACCGCCGUCGGUGGUAUACACGCCGGCACUUUUAAACAUGCAACACAGAUAUUUAUUUCCUCGCGUAACGCUUCUGCUCCGGCUUAUUCAACUGACGCGCUCAUUCUCGGCUCGUUAACUACUUACGUUCCAAAGCACGGUGUAGAUAUUUCGGCGUUCACGCACCUUUCGGAUUUAUCGUGGGCCGACCCGGAUCCGACAAGUUUCGAUCUCAUCAGUAUUAUCAUUGGGGCCGAUCUAUACAGCACUUUACUUCUUGGCGGCGUCCGCAAGGGAGACGUCGGCCAGCCGAUCGCCCAAAAUUCCGUUCUUGGAUGGAUUAUUUCCGGACCGAUUGAUUUUCCCGCGGCGAGAUCCCCGUCGCACUCAUCCAUACAGAGCUCUCACGCCAGUAUCUCCACACACCAAAUUUCGUGUUCUCCUGCUCUCGAGGAUGAGCUUCGUCGUUUUUGGGAAGUCGAGGAACUUCCACGUCAAUCUAUUCUCUCGCCGCAAGAGAGACAAUGCGAAACGCAUUUCCGAGAGACUCAUUCUCGCAAUUCCGAUGGGCGAUAUAUCGUUCGCCUUCCGUUUAAAUCCCCUCCCCCUCUCGAUAUCGGAGCGUCGCGUCUCCAAGCCGAGCGUAUGUUAAAUACGUUAACGCGGCGGUUUAAAAACAAUUCGGCAUUGGCAAUCGAAUAUCGAAAAUUUCUCGCGGAAUAUGAACGUCUUGAUCACAUGCGACCUUCGCCUCAACCGCAGAGCGAAACCAUGCAGUGUGUUUACAUUCCGCAUCACGGGGUAAUCCGAGAAAAUAACGCUACCACCCCUCUCCGCGUUGUGUUCAAUGCAUCAAGCGCCACUUCCAACGGGUCUUCGUUAAAUGACCAUUUACUCGCCGGUCCGAAAUUACAAACCGACAUUACGUCAAUUUUAUUGCAAUGGCGACGACACCGAUUCGUAUAUUCAUCCGAUAUCGCGAAGAUGUAUCGCCAAAUUCGCGUCGAUCAACGCGAUCUCAAUUACCAACGCAUUUUAUGGAAUGCAAUACCGCAUGAACCGCCUACUGACUACCAGCUGUUAACAGUCACGUACGGUAUGUCCUGCGCGCCCUUCCUCGCUCUUCGCGUUUUGAAACAACUCGUCGACGACGAAGGUCACCGAUUUCCGCUCGCGGUAUCCAUUCUACGCGAGGACAUUUACAUUGACGAUAUUCUAUUCGGCGCAGACAACGCGGAGUUCAUUCGACAAGCGCGAGACCACGUAAUCGCUAUCCUGAAAUGCGGCGGAUUCGAUUUAAGAAAAUGGGCCAGUAAUUCGCCCGCUCUCCUCGCGGAUCUUGAUCCCGCCACUCUGAGUUCGGCAGGCAAAAAACCUUUCUCCCCUGACGAACAAAUAAAGGUUCUCGGUAUCGGGUGGAAUCCUACCACCGAUAUUUUUGAAUUCAGCGUCGCACUUUCGAGCCCCGUUCCAUCUAGCAAACGUACCAUUCUGUCCGCUAUUGCGAAACUGUACGAUCCUCUCGGAUGGGUCACUCCAGUCAUUAUAACCGCGAAAAUUCUUAUGCAGCAAUUAUGGCGACAGAAAUUAGACUGGGAUGAUACGCUUCCCCCCACUCUGUUGUCUCGGUGGAAAGAUAUUUAUUCUCGGUUCGGGCAUUUAAAAAAUUUGCAGAUCUCGCGAUGGUGCGGACUCGGAUCGGACGUUGAGUCCGCUGAAAUACACGGCUUCGCCGACGCGUCGAACACUGCUUACGCUGCUGCCGUGUAUCUUAAAGUUGUUUCGUCGGGACAAACUACCAUUUCCUUGCUAGUAGGUAAAUCAAAGGUCGCGCCGUUAAAACCGCUAAGCGUGCCACGAUUAGAAUUAUCCGCUGCGUUACUUCUUGCUCGACUUGUCGAUUUCGUGCGCGAAUCACCCGGUUACAGCCAUCUUCCGUACUUUUGUUGGACGGACUCCACGAUCGUCCUCGCGUGGGUGAUUCAGCAUCCGUCGCGAUGGAAGACAUUUGUUGCCAAUUGCGUGAAUGAAAUUCAAUCUCGUCUUCCAAACGGGAAGUGGCAACACGUCCCGACAGAAGACAAUCCCGCGGAUUGUGCUUCGCGCGGCCUACUCGUCAACAAAAUCGUCAGUCACGACUUGUGGUGGCACGGACCAUCUUGGCUGCGCCUUGAUGCUCCCGCAUGGCCUUGCUCCGACGCACGACUACCUCCGCAAGCUCCAUUGGAGGAAAAGGUCAUAGCCUUGCAAUGCUCUCCCCCGAACGACACUUGGGAUCUCCCGACGCGAUAUUCCUCAUGGCCUAAAUUAAUUCGCGUCACCGCCUAUAUUUUGAAGUUCGUACGCUUAUGCCGCCGCUCCGGUUCUAACGACAAUUCCUUGUCAUCCUCUUUAAAACCGCUUAUUAUUUCCGCAUCGGACUGCAACGAUGCACGAAUAUUUUGGUUAAAAAAGAUUCAAUCGAGCACAUUUCCGGCUGAAAUACAUUCUCUGGCCAACAAUCAUCCCCUCUCGUCUAAAUGCUCGAUUCUCGCUCUAAGGCCGUUCCUUGAUAAGGACGGAAUUCUACGCGUGGGUGGGCGGUUGGCUAAGGCCCCCCUGUCAUUUUCUGUUCGGCAUCCGAUUCUCCUGGCGACCCAUCCAUUGGUGUCGCUGAUUGUAACUCAGGCUCAUCUACGGGCAUUACAUGCCGGACCUCAACUCACGAUAAGUUUGUUACGUCGCGAUUUCUGGAUUCUCCGCGCUCGUAACAUCGUAAGAUCCAUAAUUCAUAACUGUGUCGUAUGUACGCGCGAACGCGCCGCGAUUCCUACCCAACUAAUGGGCGACCUUCCCGAGGCUCGUGUGUCGGCGUCUGCUCGCAGUUUUUUGCAUUGCGGGGUAGAUUAUGCUGGUCCCGUGCAGAUUCGCGCUUCUGCGGGUCGAGGCAUUACAUCGCGUAAAGCCUAUAUCGCCCUUUUCAUUUGUCUAGCGACCAGAGCGAUACAUUUAGAGCUAGUCGGAGAUUAUUCCACCUCGGCUUUUUCAAACGCCUUUUCCCGUUUUUGCGCACGUCGCGGCCUUCCCCAAGCCAUGUAUUCUGAUAACGGAACAACGUUUGACGGAGCUGAUCGCGAGAUGACCAAAGCGUACAGAGCGGCUGUGCGCGAUCCUAAUUUUUUAAAUUUAACCGCAUCUGAUAAUAUAACGUGGAAUUUCAUUCCACCAUCUGCUCCGCACUUCGGCGGCUUGUGGGAGGCCGGCGUACGAAGCGUUAAAAACCAUUUGCGUCGCGUGUUAGGCACUCAUAGGCUCACCUUCGAGGAAUUCACCACUUUGUUAUGCAGGAUCGAAGCCUGCUUAAAUUCACGUCCGAUCGCGCCUCUUUCGAACACGCUAAACGAUUACGAAUGUUUAACUCCGGGUCAUUUUUUGGUCGGAUCCGCUCUGAUUGUAAAUCCGGAACCAUCGCUUCUUCAACUCAACGAGAACCGCCUUUCGCGAUGGCAACACGUGCGACACAUCACCGAGCGAUUCUGGAAAUUAUGGUAUAAUGAUUACGUUACCACAUUACAACAACGAACAAAAUGGCGACAAGUCCAGCCACAAAUUCAGGUCGGUCAACUCGUUCUCUUACGAAACUCCAUGUUACCUCCAUGUAAGUGGGAGCUUGGCCGAGUGACACAGUGUCACGCUGGUUCCGACGGAUUAAUUCGUGUGGUUACUGUCAAAACAGCCACGUCCGAGUAUCAACGACCUAUCGUUAAACUGUGCGUUCUCCCGAUCGAUAGCAAGGCGUCGAGCAACUAA